UGCAGGGAGGAGGGCAAGCGGCGGUCCUGCACGGAUUACAGCCACAUCGUUCCUGCAUUUAUACUCUCUCUCUCUCUUUCUCUCUCUCUCUCUUUCUCUCACUCACUCACUCUCACUGUUCCCCACCCAAAUCCUGGGAUUUCUCUGCUUUCCUCUGCUUUCCUGCUGCUCUGAAGGAUGCUGAUCUGAUUGCUUCCCGUUUCCAGGCAGUUAUUCACGUUUCUAGUCACUUUUUUCCUCAAUUGGACUCUCUAUAAGAUUUCUCUUUGGGAAUUUUUUUGGGGGGAAAGACCUCCGGAGAGCGAUGCUGGGCUUGGAUGUGUGCGAGUUUGGCGGGCAGCUUCUGGAGCUGCUUUGGCUGACAGUUUGCUACAGAGGAAUAAUGGCGGAUAAAGAGAGCACAGUUCCUGUGGGUGAGGAGGAGGAUGAAACUGAUUUGAACUAUCAGCCUCCUGCUCAGAAAAGCCUGCAGGAGAUCCAGGAGCUGGACAAGGAUGACGAAAGCCUCAACAAGUACAAGCAGACCCUGCUGGGCUCCGGACCUGUGGUGUCAGAUCCGACCAUUCCUAACGUUCAGGUGACGAGGCUGACGCUGAUGUGUGACCAGGCCCCCGGACCUAUCACCAUGGACUUAACAGGUGACCUUGAUGCUUUGAAGAAACAGAACUUCGUCAUGAAGGAGGGCGUGGAUUACAGGGUGAAGAUCCACUUUAAGGUCAACAGGGACAUCGUGUCUGGGCUGAAGUACGUGCACUUGACCUACAGGAAAGGACUGCGAGUGGAUAAAGCCGUGUACAUGGUGGGCAGCUACGGGCCGAGGGUGGAGGAGCACGAGUUCCUCACCCCGGUGGAGGAGGCGCCCAAGGGCAUGAUCGUCCGAGGAACCUACCACAUCAAGUCCUACUUCACAGACGACGACAAGACGGACCACCUGUCCUGGGAGUGGAACCUGCAGAUCAAGAAGGACUGGACCAGCGCGGAGUAAACGGCGCCCUCUCUCUGCCCGCAUGCGCCUGCGCAGCCGCGCGGGGCCUGACUGCAUGUAGGAAGGGUGCACGGAGAGGGGUUUAGGCUGGGCUUAGCUGCGGAUCAGGGUGGGGUUCACAGAUGUAUCUUUUGUUACUAUAGGAGGGUGGAGAUGAGGCUAAUAGAAGCACUAUUGGAGCUAAACAUCAGACUAAAAAAGACAAAAAUAUUGGCUACAGAUUCAUACUGGGUUUAAAAUCACAGAUCCUAUUGGUAAAGAUUUAAAGUAAAUAUAGUAUAUCAUACUAAUCCAGCUCCAAUAAUGCUAUAAAAAAAAACUAUAUUGUUAGGUCUUAAGGGAUGGUAGGGAAAUACGCAUAUACAGCGACUCGCAGGGUAAUUAGAGGACAUUCAUUCCUAAAGAGAACAUGUUAUCAGUUGUAUAAAAGACAGAUCAAUUUCCUGGCGCCUGUGCUCUCAGGUUAGUUCGUGUUUUGAACUGUAAAUGUAUGUAUUAAGACGUCUGUAUUCUUUGCAUUUAAGGUCCGUUCCGGAGCUCCAGAGCAGAACGGUGCAUGCUUGAGUGUGAAAUGAUUGUGCAGUGGCUGUCCUUCUGUAAUCAGACCGUUGUAAAUUCCCGUGGGUCACCUGCCCUUUUUUUUUUUUUUGCCACAUCUGUAAUGUACAAACGAUUAUCAUCAACAUAAAAUUAAAAUUAGGAACAAUAUUAAGAAAAAACUCAAUACAAACUUAUAGUAGGAGCCAAUGGAAAGCUGCCUCAGCUUCUCCGCAUUUGCAUCUAUUAUAGAUAUAGAUCAGUUUAUUUUUGGACUUUUACUAAGUACAGUCAGUCAACCACAUGCAUUCUAAAUCAUGUAUUCCCCUAAAAAAAACAUAUUAUCUUUACAGAUUCAUACUGGAUUAAAACACUCCAUGAUAACUAAUGCCAGACUGUAAUAACUGCACAUGCUGUUGCAGAUUCAUACUGGUCUCAGGCCCUGUAAACCCUGUACACACUACUGUACGCACUGCUGCUGUGCACACUUCUACUGUGCAGCAUGUUUUCUGUGCUUUUACUUGUACUUUUAAGUACAGUCAAUUACAUCAACAAUAACUCAUGCAGGUGGAGACUAGUUUGGAGAACUCUGUCUGGGUGUUCCCUUAACCUUAACCCCCUGUUUUGACUAGAAUAAAGUGGUGUGUGAUAAGUAGUAAUGCUGUAAUGAGACAACAGCCUCAUUUCCUAGGCUUGUUACUAAUGUUUUUAAUGAUAUGGCUGUAAGCAAAUUCUAAAGCAAUCCUGUUACUCUACUCUUUAAGAUUUCAUAUCGGAACAAAAGUCAAAAAUGCUUGAACUCCAGAGAACCUGCCAGUCCAGAAAUGUGUAACCUAUACGGUAUAUGUAAUUACCUUUUUUUUUUAAUUGGCUGUAUUGGCUAUAUCUAAGCGAGAUAAAGGAGUAUCAUGUACUGUAUUAUAUGUUUUUCUAAAAUGAGUAUGGUUGUGAUCUUGUAACUAUUUUCAUAAAUAGACGUGAUCCUGAAUAUCUGUAAACUGCAUGUUCUUUUUUUUACAGGCUUCUCAUAGUUUUUCAUUGUGAUGUGUCAGUCAUGACGGCAGGGGCAGUUAGAGUCAUACACAGCUUGUGAUUUAUUGGCUAAAAUAUCAUAGUCAAAGAUAUACUGUACAUCUUUUCAUGCAUCUUGCAUUUUUUAAAUAAAGUCAAUCAAUAAAGCUUGUCUUAAUCCA